AUGGUGAGCGGUGCAAGGAAAACGGUAUUUUCGCGGUACUCUUCCGACAACAGUCAGCUAAUAACAAAUCCCGAACAGAAGUUGCAAAUCGUGCAAGAAGUUCAACAUCGAGGUGAGACUGUAGCCGUGACAGGCGGAGGCGUAAACGACGCGCCCGCCCUCGCUCAUGCCAAUGUCGGUGUCGCAAUGGGAAUAUGUGGUAGCGAUAUUGCUAGGCAAACAGCUGAUAUUGUGCUUUUGGACGACAAUUUCGCAUCGAUCGUGAUGGGAAUCGAGGAAGGUCGUCUUUUGUUCGACAAUUUGAGGCUCUCGUUGGCAUACACUUUUGCACAUCUUUGGCCGGAACUCUUUCCUAUUAUGCUUACGUUUAUACUCGGUUUACCACAAGGACUAUCACCGGUGCAGAUACUAUCCAUUGAUUUGGCAUCUGAAUUACCUCCAGCAGUGUCGCUAGCAUACGAGCAACCGGAGCAGGAUAUUAUGUUAACUCGUCCACGAAGUCGGAAAACUCGUCUUCUCUCCAAAGGACUACUCGCCUACGCUUACUUCUUCGCGGGUACCGGCAUCACGAUCGGUUGUAUGGCGGCCUACUUAAGUGUAUACUGGUAUCACAAUAUCUCAUUCAACGAUCUUCUGUUUACUGCUGAACAUAACUGGAAAGUCGGUGCCGCUAAUUUCACGACCAGUGAUGGCGUGGUGUAUGACGAAAACCAGCAAUUAUUCAUCAAAGGUCAGGCGGCAGCCGCGUGGCAAAUCGUUCUCGUUAUGUCACAGGUGUUUCAUCUCUAUAAUUGCGCAACACGACGGGUUUCUGUCUUCAAACAUGGAAUCUCAAACAUUGUCUCCGUGUUUGCUGUGAUUAUCGAGGUGCGCUGA